AUGAAAAAUAGAAGCAGCACAUCAGGGGAUGAAAUAGAACAAGAAAUUUCAUGUAGCACAAGUUCGAAGAAGAGCGGUUUUGCAUAUGUUCGUAUUAAUACCCCUUCGCAGCUAAAAGAUGAAUAUGACAUUGGUCCAGUCAUCGGUGAAGGUACAUUUGGCAUUGUUUAUCAUGCUUCGAGAAAAACUGAUGGUGUGAACUGUGCAAUUAAGAAAAUUUCACGCAUAAACUCCUUCUCUGCAAGCGAGCGUGCUCGUUUAGAUCGUGAAAUAUCUAUAUUAAGACAUGUUAAACAUCCUGGAAUUAUAAAACUUUUAUCUGUUGCUGAAUCACCAAAAGUUAUAUUCCUCAUAACUGAAUUAUGUGAAGGCAAUUCACUAGAUCAUUAUAUGAAACAAUUACCAGAAAAUACUGGACUACAAGAAUAUAUUGUGGUAGCUAUUGUAAAGCAAAUAGCUUCAGCUUUAUCUUAUUUGCAUAAUCGAGGUAUUGUACAUAGAGAUUUAAAACCUGGAAAUAUUAUGUUAUUAAACAAAGUAGAAUUAGAUUUUCGUACUAUACCUCCGGUGAACUUUAAGUCAAAUUUUAAAUAUUCAUCGGACAGUAGAAUAAUUUCUUUCGAUUCUCUUAUUAAGCAUCAAAAACCUGAAAAUGAACACAUCGAGGUGCAUAAUGACUCGUGUUCCAGUCACAGUGGUACACGAUCAGAAAUAACAACGACGACAACAAUAACAACUGAAACAAUAUGUUCAUCUGUAUUUACUCGAAAUAAAUCAGUAAAUUCAAGCACAAAACCAUUGCCUGUUUGCUGUAGACAUGAUUCUACAUUAUUAGAAUGUAAUACAAAAACAAAUCAUGUUUCAAACAUCCAACCUAGAAUCCCAUCAUUUCAACUUGAUGAUAAUUAUUGUAUAAAUGUGGAAAAUAAAUAUCCACCUAGAGAAUUACAAACGAAAUUAAUUGAUUUUGGCUUAGCCAUAGAAGUACGCAAAAGUGAAGAAGUAUUAGCUAAUCCAUGUGGUACACUAUUGUACAUGGCACCGGAAGUAUUGAAUGGACGAUCAUAUACACGUCAAUGUGACUUAUGGAGUUUAGGUGUCAUUAUCUUUAUAUUAUUAACAAAUCAAACACCAUUUAAUUCACAAAAUGAAAAACAGUUAAUCAAUGAAUUAAAUCAACCUAAUAUACAAAAGAUAAUAGAAAAAUUAGGCAAUUAUAUAACAUCAUUAUGUAAAGAAUGUUUAAUACGUUUAUUAACUGUUGAUCCAGCUUAUCGUUUAACCGCUAAUCAACUUCUAAUUGAUCCAUGGUUAUCAUUUUAUCCAGUACAUAAUUCAAAUGAAUUAGUGAAUAAUAGUUUGAAUGCAUCUAAAAAAGAAAAGGAAUAUGAACAAAUGAAUUUAUCAACAAUUCAUUCACUUAAUAAUUUGCCUGGAAAUUCUGUCACAGCAUCUUGUAGUAGUAGUAGUAUUAGUAAUAUUAAUAAAUGUGUUUCUAGACCAUCAUCAUUUUCUCGUUUCAAGACAACUGAUACAUAUUCUACAACGAAUGUACUUGAAUUAAUGAAACAAUAUCAUAAAGAAUUGAAUAAUUGUAAGCAAAAUGUUGAGAAGGUGAAUCAAUAAGGAUGUCUAUAAUUCACAUCAUAAAUGUCAAUUGAUCGAUAAGAUGUAAUGAUUAUUAUUAAAGAUUAUUCAAUUUAUUAUUAUUAUUAUUAUUAUUAUUAUUAUUGGUCUAUUUGAAUAUUGUUUAAUCCAUAGAAGGAUUUCUUUUUAAAGUUGAAUUUUAGUGAAUUUACUUUCAAUGUCCAAUGAAAAUUUAUUUUUACAAAAUCGAUCAAAUUGUAAAUGACUUGUAAUAUAAAAUUUCUAUUCAACUGGUUGAGUUACAUUUGUUGUAACGUUUCAAUUUAUUUUUAGAUUUAUCAAAUACUAAUAUAUAUAUAUAUAUAUAUAUCUUCAUCAUGAAGGGAAUUUCAAUGUUCUCCCAGUUUUUUUAUCUGUUUAUUUAUUUAUUUAUAAAUUCCAAUGAAACAAGAAUAACAACUGUAGUAGAAUAUAAAUGAUAAUUUAUUCAUUUCAGAA